UUAUUCUUUUGUUUUACUUUAUUUUAAUGGAUUUUAUUCAUCUGCUCUCUUUAAAAUGUUGGAUUCUUUGCGAUAAAUACCAGAGCAUGAACAAGACGUUCAACUGUAUCUUCUUAAUGGCAAUAGACCUAUUUUCUUUUAGUAUAUCCAGUUGGUUAGCGCCCACUUAAUUUGCAAGUGAUAUCAGAAAUUACUUGUCCAAUGAAGGCACUUUUAAAGUUAUAGUUGUGUGUCCAAGCAGACAUCCAGCCCUAGCUUUUGGAUACUUAGUGGAGAUGAUUGGACACUUUCAAUGUAACCAGUGGAUGGCACCCCACCUGUUUCAAUGCUCCUGCAAAGGUUUGCUCUUUGGAAGCCCAGAGCACCCCAGCUGAAUGAAGCAGUGGGAGCUGGACCAGAACAUGGCAAACAGUUUUAUGACAGUGCCUGAUGGGUACUGCCUUAGUGAACAAAUGCAAUAUUAUGAUAUUUUGCCAGAACACAUUGGGUAUCCAUUGCAAGACCUUGACUGCCAGCCUCCCUCUUACUGUCAGUAUUCACCGGUUCAGUUUCCGCCUGUAUUACAGGCACCAUCUCCCCAGUCUCAUUACGCUGCACACAACUUGGACUCCCCGUACAAUGAUGGGCAAUACAUCAUCAGCAAUUGUGAACUCAGUAAGCCUGCCUGCAUGGGUUCUCAUGAUGGGGGAGGAUAUCCAGGACCCAAACGACCCAGGCUAAGUCAUUCAGCUCUGCGAAUAAAGGGUCAGGAGGAGCUUUGUGUGGUUUGUGGGGACAAAGCUUCAGGAUAUCAUUACAAUGCACUCACCUGUGAAGGCUGCAAAGGAUUUUUUCGACGCAGCAUUACCAAAAAUGCAAUCUACAGAUGCAAGAAUGGUGGCCACUGUGAAAUGGACAUGUAUAUGAGGAGAAAAUGUCAGGAGUGUCGACUAAAGAAGUGUAAAGCUGUAGGAAUGCUAGCUGAAUGUCUACUAACAGAAGUCCAGUGUAAGUCAAAGCGACUUAGAAAAAAGACUACCUUGCUUUGUAAUAUCAAACUGGAAGAUGAAGGGGUGGACAGCAAACAUGUAUCCUCUACGACCAAACCAUUAAAACUACAGGAGAGAAUGGAACUUACUCCUGGGGAGUAUGAGCUCAUUGAACAUAUUUUGGCUGCCCAUCAAAAAUGCACAAUUCCAAUGGAGGAAGCAAAGAAGUUUCUGCAGGAAACUGCCAAUCCUGAACAGAAUUUUCUACAUCUUUCAGAAUCAGCCAUGGUUCAUGUGCAGGUAUUUGUGGAUUUUACAAAAAGGCUCCCAGGGUUUGAAAGCUUAGCCAGUGAUGAUCAGAUAGCCUUGUUGAAAGGCUCCACAAUUGAAGCAAUGUUUUUACGCUCUGCCCAAAUAUAUAAUGAACAAGGAAUUGAAUGCCAGUCAUCAUUCAGUGAAAGUCAUGUAAAAUUUUCUGACCAUACUAUUUGUGGUCAAGAUAAAAGUACUUACUCCAUAGAAAUGUCUCGUACUGAAGAAAGUCCAACAUCUACCAGUACAACAGGUAUUACUGAAGAGUUUAUUACUGCACUCUUUUACUUCUACAGAAGCAUGGGAGAACUUAAUGUUACUGAGACAGAGUAUGCAUUGCUUGUUGCAACUACUGUGUUUUUUUCAGAUCGUCCACUCCUAAAAAACAAACAACAUGUGGAGAAACUCCAAGAACCUUUCUUAGGAAUUCUGUACAAAUAUUCAAAAAUCUAUCACCCUGACGAACCACAACACUUUGCCCGUCUCAUCGGGCGUCUCACUGAACUCAGAACCCUCAAUCACAACCAUUCAGAAGUGCUAGUAAACUGGAGAACGAGGGAUCCUAAACUGACCUCUCUGCUUUGUGAAAUCUGGGACUUGCACUAAACACAUUACUAAUUACUUAAAAUGUUCUACAGCUUUGUUUUUCUAAAACAUACUAUUUCCCCAUUCUUGUGCUUUUAUUUAAAAAAUCUCAUUUAUGUUAAAUGACUACAGGCUGUGCUGUGAUUAAUGCAAAUAUAAUGUUCUGUUCUAAAAAUACACAGUCCAGUUUUUCUGCAGUUUAAAAGGUAAUACUGUGAUCUUUACCAUAUUAUCACCUUUCCUGAAAAGGUAAGUAGAAAACAGCUUUAAAAUAUUAUGGACCUAGAAGCAAUAAAUUCUUUACACAUGCUUUCAGGUAUUUUCAGAGUUAUGGGGAGCAGUUUUCUUUCACUGGGGCCCCAAACAGACAGGCCAAAAUAAAUCUGCUCCAGGCUAUUUUGGAGGUAUGCUGUUUAAAUGUUUCAGCCUAAGAGGCUGGAAACCAUGCCAAAGCCACGCUCCAGUCCUAAGGACAGGAGCACAGCUUUGGUGCAGCUUCUGGACUAUUAAGAUGUGUGUGUCUGUUCAGGCCCUGGGAGCCUUAUUGCAUGACAAAAAAGCUGAGAUGGAGCAGCAGAGAAGUGGCUUUCUCCUUGCAUGUAACCCUUAGCUAUUAACCCUUAGCCUACUCAUUUUGUAAAAUUGUAAAAAAAAUUUUUUGGAAAAGAGAAAUGUCACAAUAAGUCUCUAGUCCUCUUCACUGCAAAGGAAAAUGUCACUGAAACAACAAAUCCUUGAACUUCCUAGUGCUCAUUAAUAGCUAAGGGUUGCAUGCAAGGAGAAAGCCACAUCUUAGCAUUAAUAGCUAAGGGUUGCAUGAUGUUGUAGCACUUCUGUUCUUUUUCCUGAGGGAGAAAGUGUGUCUCUUGCCAAAUUGAUUUUCCAGUGAAACAAACGACAUGCUUUUUACAAGUGUCUCCCUCAGGAAGAGAAUGAAAGUGCUUCAACAGCAUGCAGAGAGGCAAGGAAAAAGCUGCUUCUCUGCCAUUGUGUAUUGGCUUUCUUUUGUCAUGUGAGAAGACUCUAGGAGAAUUACCAUUGAAUAGCGGAAAGUUUGCCAGCUGAAAACUCACGUAUGCACAGCAGCUCACAGGAGAAGACAGAGACUUGAUAGACCACUAACUCCCUACUUUACUAAGUUUCAUUUAAUUAUGUGCUUUACAUUUCUGUAUUUUCCCAUUUUCAAAUAAUGAAAGAACCCAAGACUAAUGCAGUUAUGUAAUGAGUAUCCCAAAGAAACAUGUACAAACUUAGAUGGAAACCAAAAGUACUGAAUUUAUAGCUUAUUUUAAUAUUCUGGAGUGGAUCUGGGUUGAUUAAUUUUCUUUUUUACAUACACACACACACAUCACCAAAUAACGCCAUUACAUGAUACACCUCUCCUUAUCUGCCAAAGUUGUUUAUUCAUAAGAAAUUAAAUACUAAAAUCUAUUAACAUUACUUCAUUUCCAUGUAAUUGCACUUAAAGAACAAAUGCGUAUAACUGUGGAUCAGAUAACUGCAUCACAAAAAAAUUAUAAAACUAAAUAGUAGAUAACAUUGUAACAAUGGUUUAGGUUAUGCUGAGCUAACAGAUGGUUUUAAUUCCCUGUUAAUGACUUGUUUUCUUAGAACAGUUGUUCAAAAUAGGUAAAUCUUAAUUUCAGCUAUAAAUCAAAUUUUAAUAACUUAGUAGUUUCUGUUUACGUCUGGUUGGGCAGGAAUAAAAACAUCACAACAACUUGAAGACACACAA